AUGACCACCUACUUCAUGAUUGCUCAGCAGGUGAUGUCCGCCUUCAGCUUGAAUGCCAACGAGCACAACGCAACGGAGGCCUCUGGACAAGGCCCGAGCAAUUCCACUUCUCCACCCUCUAUUACCGACUUCUCGUCACUUGUGGCCUUCCUCUUCUCAUUCCGGGCGCUCACAGACUGGUUGAUGCUAAUCGUAAUGGGCGGAGCUGUGGAAAGCCUUCGUCGUUUGCUUUUUCAACUUUAUUUCAAGAUAAUCGCGUCUUUUUGGAUAACAGCUUCAUUCAACCAAGAUGACUCCUCCUAUGAUUGGAUGAUGGUCUGGCUCUCAAAAAAGUCCUCCUGGAACACUGUUCGCCAAGUCGAUAUUUCUACACGCUCCUUCGGCUUAAACAGCAAUGCUGUCAUUGUUCCUGGGGAGGAGGAAGAUCUCUCGAUGCUGGCUGGCCGCAAGAUAGCAUAUCUUCCAUCACCAACACUCACAUUCUCUCUUUGGUACCAUCGGCAUUACAUCACUAUCAACCGUAUCCAGACCCAGACCGGUUGGCGUGGCAGCCAGGAGGAAACCCUGCAGAUCAGAAUACUCGCGCGAACCCAUAGCGUUCUCAAUGAGCUUCUUUUAGAAGCCAAAAGAGAAUAUCUUGCCGCGCAAGACCAAUCAGUCAACAUCUAUGUAUCCGACAGUAACAACAGCUGGAGACAUGUUGCAUCUAGACCCAAACGAAGUCUGAGCUCGAUCAUCCUUGACCCAGGAGUUUCGGAGCUUCUUGUUGACGAUGCUCGCGACUUUUUGGAGAGCAAAUCUUGGUAUGCUGCACGUGGAAUUCCAUUUCGUCGAGGAUACCUUCUUUAUGGUGCACCGGGCUCGGGCAAGACUAGCAUCAUCAGUUCGAUUGCAGGAGAACUCUCUUUGGAUGUCUACAUUGUGUCUCUAUCAAGAUCGGGACUCGAUGAUGCUGCCCUCAGCGAACUCAUCUCUGACCUUCCUGAAAAAUGUAUUUGCCUGAUGGAAGACAUUGACUGUGCCUUUUCUCAGAGCCUUAAUCGCGAGGAACCUCCGCCGCCCCCUCCUCCUAAUGUCUCUGCUAGACCCGAUGAUGGUCCUCCUCCCCCUCCCACUGCAAGCAAACCCACAAGUCGCCUUAGUCUUAGUGGUCUUUUAAAUGCACUUGAUGGUGUGGCUGCUCAAGAAGGUCGCAUUCUGUACGCCACAACAAACAAGUAUACCGCAUUGGACCCCGCAUUGUGUCGCCCUGGUCGUAUGGACAUUCAUGUUGAGUUCAAGCUCGCCAGUAAAUACCAAGCACGGCGUCUCUUUACCCAGUUCUAUCUUCCCAUCGAUGAUGUCAAGACGAAGAAAAGUCUAGAGACAAAGGGAGUCUCCAAGGAGAUUGACUCUGGUUAUACCUCUGCAGAAGAUGCGGACGACAUUGACUUGAACCUGACUACAUCUCGGAGAUUUGUUGAUGGACCGACAUAUUUCGGGACAACUCAUGGACAACAUGCACCGAAGUUGCGGCCUAAGCAAAUUGCUGCGCUUGCCGAACGGUUCGCGGAGGCAAUUCCGGAGCGAGAGGUGUCGAUGGCCUCUUUACAGGGUUAUCUGAUGACCUACAAAAUUCGCCCAUUCGAGGCAGUGAGAGCGGCUCAUGAUUGGGUCAAGAGCGAACGGGAGAGCAGAGCAAAGAGGGAACGAGCUUAA